GGCAGUCGUCAAGACAUGGUCAUGCGUAUGUCGGUAAUGUGCGCGAAAUUUCCUCGAUAUUUAUGUUUCCAGAAUAGUCGUGGAAAAUAAUUUCACCAUAUUAUGGAAAAUUUUCUAUUUUUUAAAUACCCACAAAUCCUGUAAUUUAUGUUUCUUCAUAUUUUUUGUAAAAUUAAUUCAAAGUAUCGUAUUCAGUGAAAAAACAAAACAAUAAUUAUAAAGUAAAUAAAGCAUAUGUAAAUUUUAUUUCAACAGAAACCAUUUAGAAACAUUUAAAAAAUCUGGAAAAUAUUGGUAAAGUACAAUUAAUAUCAUUUCAUUACAUAGUAUUUUAUGCAGAUCUUUAAUUUUGUAUAUUGAAAAGAAGCCAUUUGUAUGACCUCAAAAAGUAAAUCUAUAAUCGUUUGUCAUCGACGAUCAAGAUAUGAAAUACGUGAAUAUAUUUAAGAAUUUAUUAUCAAAAUCUCAAUUACACCCAAUAUUUUACAGUAUUUUUUAAAUAGUUGGCCCUUUUUACGAUGAUUUCGCGAGGUUGGCGUGUUUGAUAUCGUUGUAUGCUCUUGCGAGGCGGCCAUCACGGCAGUUUGUGGCAAGCUUGGCCAGCGGGUAUGUGUUAAGUGAGUGAGAGUGGUGUUGCUCCGUAUUUUUCACAAUUCUAAUGUGGAUUAUCACUCAAAAAACGAAGAUUCUGGCUAUGAAGGAUAUUAUUUACUAGAAGAUAUUCACGUAAAAUGGAAUAUAACUUAUAUCCAUUGAAGUGCAAAACCAGCUGAUUGGUAGGCCCGGGUCAUUUUUAUUGAAAUUUCGCGGAGGAAAACAAUGGAACGACCGCCCCGUAACGAGCCGCCGGUGGAGCCCGUCAAUGGAGUGGUACAACCACCAGUUCAUCCGCCUCCAGACAGCCCGGGGCGUAUUACUAACCAGCUGCAAUUCUUGCAGAAAACGGUUUUAAAGGCUGUUUGGAAGCACCAAUUUGCUUGGCCAUUUCAACAGCCUGUGGAUGCCAAAAAACUAAAUUUGCCCGACUAUCACAGAAUAAUUAAACAACCAAUGGACCUGGGAACAAUUAAGAAGCGAUUAGAUAAUAAUUAUUAUUGGUCGGGCAAAGAAUGCAUCCAAGAUUUCAACAGUAUGUUCACGAACUGUUACGUUUACAAUAAACCCGGAGAAGAUGUUGUUGUUAUGGCCCAGACUUUGGAAAAGGUAUUUUUGACAAAAGUGGCUGAUAUGCCAAAGGAAGAGAUAGUGGUGGAAACCCCGCCUGCCAGAGGAGCAGGGAAAGGUAAAAAAGGUCGUGCCAGUACAGCUGGUGGGGUUAAUCCUGUAGCCGCUUCGGCAGGUAGAGGAAGACCUCCAGCAACAGUUUCAUCCACUAGCGUUACUCCAGUGGCCACGACCACAGGAUCUUCAGGUUUACCUUUGGGCACUCAAGCACCAUCUACAGUUCCGGGCAGUACAGCGACUACUACUAUAGCUGCAGCUAAUAUGAACAACAGUUCAUUAUCCUCACAGCAACUAAACACUCCCAAUACCAUUCAUGGUAGCGGUCCCAAUUUAGCAAAUUCCCUAGACCCCAGUGGCGUCCUACCAGGGAACGUCAUGCCACCUGCACAACCAGCUAAGGUAAAAAAGGGCGUGAAGAGAAAGGCCGAUACUACGACGCCUGCUACUGCCUACGACUAUCCACCUCCUCUAGAAUCGAAAUCAGCAAAAAUAUCGACACGUCGAGAGUCAGGCAGGCAAAUAAAGAAACCUACAAGGCCUGAACUAGAUGGUCACGUACCACAACCUGCCUCACAUAAAACUAAAGAAAAGCUGCCAGAAUCCCUUAAGGCUUGUUAUGAAAUUUUGUUGGAAUUAUUUUCAAAGAAACAUUCUAGUUACGCUUGGCCGUUUUAUCAACCGGUAGACGCGGAACUAUUGGGUUUACAUGACUAUCACGACAUAAUUAAAAAACCAAUGGACUUUAGUACAGUUAAAAGUAAAAUGGAAAAUAGAGAAUACCGCACACCGCAGGACUUCGCCGCCGACGUUAGACUGAUUUUUAGUAAUUGUUACAAAUACAACCCUUCUGACCACGAUGUGGUUGCCAUGGCGAGGAAGUUGCAGGAUGUGUUUGAAGUUAGAUAUGCUAAAAUCCCCGAUGAACCAGUCAACCGAGCUGUUAAUAACGUAGCCGCCAAAUCGGAAUCCAGUUCUUCCGGUUCAAGUUCGGAUUCCUCUAGUGACACUGAUGACUCUGAAGAAGAACGACGAACUAAACAACUUAAAUUACUGGAGAAAGAGCUAACGGCGAUGCAAGAAAAGAUGCGUAAAUUAGUAGACGAAAGUUCGCGCAGGAAAAAAGAGAAAAAGAAGGAUAAAGUAAAGAAAAAACCGACAUCAGGUGCGUCAAUAGCGAAUGCCUCUUUAUCAACGUUACCAAAUAGUAGCAGCGCGGGCAUGGGUAAGCCGGGCUCCGGUGGACACGGGUCCUUAAACAAGUCAAACAACAACAAUUCGAUCACCGCGGAUAGCGUUGACGACAGCAUCGCUAGUGUUGUGUCGGGAGCUGAUCUGAAGAUGGCUGGUUCUGAUUCGCACCAUCCUCAAACUGGUGCGGCGACGACACACCAUCCGCCUGCUGGUCUUCGAGGCAAUAAACCAGCAGCAGCGACAAACGCCGCUCCAAAUAAAAGGGUAAAAGCUAAUAAUAAAGCCGGUGCUGGCAGGAAAAAGAAUGCAGUUCAACCGCCUCCGGUGCAAUUCGAUUCUGAGGACGAAGACAAUGCUAAACCUAUGUCCUACGAUGAAAAACGUCAACUAUCACUAGAUAUUAACAAAUUACCUGGCGAUAAAUUAGGGAGAGUUGUACAUAUAAUCCAAUCCAGAGAGCCGUCGCUAAGGGAUUCAAAUCCUGAUGAAAUCGAGAUCGAUUUCGAAACUUUAAAACCGUCUACUUUAAGAGAAUUGGAAAGUUACGUCGCAUCGUGUCUUCGUAAAAAGCCACGUAAGCCAUACUACAAAAAAGUAGCUGGCAAAUCCAAAGACGAACAAAUAGCGGAAAAGAAGCAGGAGCUAGAAAAAAGAUUGAUAGAUGUGAACGACAAAAUCGGUAACACGAAGAAAACGCCUAAAAAAGACGAAGCGAAUAAGGUGGAUCCUACUGGCGCCAGUGGACCAUCUGGUCGCCUUUCAUCAACCUCUAGUAGUUCGGACUCUGAUAGUAGCAGUAGCAGUUUAUCGUCAAGCUCCAGCGAUUCCAGUGAUAGCGAAGCAGGUGGACCUACAAAUCGGCAGAUUAAGAAGAAGGGGACAAAAAAAUCACCAAAUCCUUCUGUAGGCAAUUCCAAUAAUGUGCAUGCUGGUCCAACGGUGUCAAUAACUAGUACACCCAUACCAGUAUCUGUUACUACAGCUCCUACUAUAACCACGGCAGUAAAUACUACUUUGCCAUCAAAUGCCAACGUUACAGCAUCAACAAAUACAAUCACUCCUCAAAUUCCAUCUACGCCCGUCGCGCAUGCUACUGCUCCUCCUCAAUCAACGCAAGCAUCGCCCAUAGCAAAUGUUACACCGAUUAUGAAUGUUAAACAAUCGCAACAAGCAACACCGAUCACUCCAAUAGUACCUCCUAUUGUUAAACCUGAAAAAUUACCUGCCGUAACGCAUUUACCGACUACCGUUCCUACAAUAAUUCCUACAACUGUACCACAAGCCCCUAAAGCUGUAGCGCUACCUACCCCUUCUCCAGAUAAACCAAAACCUAACAUCAUAUCACCAAUUGGUACUUAUACCGACCCCAUUGAACAAUCUUUAGCUAGUCUAGAGCAUGAUAUUAAACAAAACGCCGCGAUGGAUGUUAUCACUGCAUCUUCCAUGUUACAAAUGCCUACAACCUUGAGCAAUCCCAUAGUUCCUCCACAUUCACAUCCUAAUCUAAAUUUAAAUCCCACCAUUAACCAUCCUGUUUUACAGCCGGGAACGUUGAAUAUGGAUAUGAAAGCUCCAGUAACUAUAGGAAAUAUGGCGCCGACGAACGCGUUGCUACACCAUGGGUUACCGAAUCCCAUGGAUUCAGAAAUGCCAGGGUUGAUACCACCUCAGCCGAAUAUGUUACACACGCAAAAUAACGGAUUUAGCAGUAUGAAACACGAUUUCGAUUUACCCACUAAUAACAAUGGUAUGUCUUCUAUGGGUUUACCAAUGGAAUUAUCGAUACCUUCGAUGUUUGAUCCCCUGCCGCAACAUCUAAACACCCAAUUGAUGAAAAACGAUCAUCAAAUCAAAAUGGACGAACGGAUGGACACUCUAAGCGGUCUUUUGAAUGAUAAAAAGUCACUUCCAUUGAACCAAAAACCUGUAUCGCAAUCAUACGGUUUCAAGACUGAAAAACCAGAACAUAAUGUUAAAAAUGCAAGUUCCUGGUCUAGUUUGGCUAAGGGCAAAUCGCCGCAAAACAACACGACACCCGGCGGAAGUAGUAAACAACAAGUUAUGGAUAGUUUCAAGCAAUUCCAAACUAAAGCAAAAGAAAAAGCCGACCGAGAAAAACAAAGACUGGAAAACCUAGAGAUAAAGAGACAACAAAGAGAACAGGCCGAAAGGGAGAGAUUGCGAGCAGAGAAUGAACGCAGACGGGAGAGAGAAGAGGAAGAUGCGUUGGAAAAAGCAAGGAAAGCCGUAGCUGAUCAACAACAAACCAUACCCAGCCAAAGGGUAGAGGAAUUGAAAUCAUCGCCUGGGGAAGGUAGCACUUCACCGGGUUCACUGAGUUCUGGUUCGGAAAGGAUAUCAGAUAGAGAAAGACAAAGGUUACAAGAACAAGAAAGACGAAGACGAGAAGUGAUGGCAAAUAAAAUCGAUAUGAACAUGCAAAGUGAUUUAAUGGCGGCUUUUGAAGGUUCAUUAUGAGCGGUGAUAAUAAUGUGCGGUAGACUGAAUACUAAAUUUAUUAUUGAUAAAGAGACUCGCACGAGCCAGUUUUGUGUAUUUAAUGUAUUUAUAUGACAAUUUUAAUAGGUGUUGAAUAUUGUUUAGACGCUCAAAAAAAAUAUUUGAACAUGCUUCCAUUAUAAUGAGUUUCGAUUAACAGAGAAUCAUUUCAUACUUUCUGUUUGAUGAUUAUUUCUUGUUUUGUGUUCUUGGCCAGACUCUGAUUUUUAAAUAUUUUUAUAUAUACAUAUAUAAUAAUUUACGACAUUUUCCACGUGGUUUGUAUAUAGGAUAUACUAUAAAUUUAUUACAAAUUGUACAUAGAAAAAUACUGUUGGGUUGAUUAAUGUGUUAGUUUUUAUUUUAUUAAGUAUUCCUUUUUCCCUCACUUGUUUUUUGUUUAGUUGUACCUUCUGUCUUUUCGCAUACAAACCGAUUUAAAGUACCCCCGAUUUUAAUUAGAUUUUCAAAAUUAUUUUCGUAUACAGUAUUUGAUCAUAUUUAUCAAAAAUUUAAGCAAAUAUUAAAAAAAAAACUAUUAAAUCGACUAUUACAAACUUUGUAUUUUUCAUUCAUCACUUCUUCGCUUUCCAUUUUAUAGUGAUUUUGCAACGUUUUUUAUCUAUUCAGUCGGAUAUUUUAUUUGACAACUUUUUCCUUCGUCAAGUUAAAGUAUUUCGGGUUAAUACAAUUGGAACUUAUAGUAUAUUUUUUGUAAUAUUCCGUUUGGAAUCAAACCGAGUUAUUGUACACAAAUUCUUUAUUCAGUAAAAAACCAUAAUAUCAACUAAUCCAAUCAACUGCAGUGAAGUGACAUUUGAACCACUUUUUUUAAAUCUUAUUGUCCACAUAGUAACUACAUUCCAACUAGCAUCCAGUAGUUUGUUCAUUAAAUGAUUUUUCUCUAUUUUUUCUGGGGUUAGUCUGUUGGUCUAUCUAUUUAUUUUAAUUUAAUUAAUUUGAUGAUUUUUAAGGUUCUCUCUAUAGUGUUAAUUAUCCACUUUGACAUUUUUCCUAUAAUUUAUUUGAACGGUAUGGUUAUUUGUAAUAUGGUAAUUUUUCCUCAUUUUUUUGAGAACUUCUAGGUUUAACUAUGUUUUAGACUUGCUAGCCUCUGCUAUUUGAUUAAUAAUAAACUAAUUUGACUUUUAAAAUACUGUGUACAAUAUUAAAAAUUGAUCAAACAUUUUUAGUGUCAAGUAAAGUAUUAAAUUAUGGAUUCUUAAUAAAUAAAAUAUGUGAAAUAUAUGGAAUUGUAAUAACUCGUGGAAACACUUCCAAAAAUAUUUUUUUAAAUUGUUUGUCAUAACUUAGUAUCUCACAAAAGUGUUAUUUAACUCUUUUUGGAGUGUUGCAUAAAUCCUGUAGCUCCGAUAGUUUUUAUUAAUUUUCUUUUUGUUUAACCGACUCGUUUCAAGCAGUACAAGGUAUUUCAGGUUAUCUGGUAUGGAAGGUAUGGAAGUUAUCUGCUUUUUGUUAUUCCUCAAUUAAAAUAAACAUUGGUUUUUCAAAAAUGUUUUCCAAAUUUGAUACUAUCUAAAUUGUUUCACACAAUUAAUCCUUCGUUUUAUGAACAAAACCGUGUGUUUUUUAUUAACAUGGUAUAAUCAAAUGUUUUUACAGUGAUGUGACAUUAGAACUACUUUUAUUAACCAACGAUUGUUUGAAUUUCAACGCGGUCUAAUCAACUGUGAAUAUAUGCUUUGAAGUGACAUUUGAACUACUUUGUUUUAAUCUACAUUCCAAAUAACAUCCAGCAAUUUGUUCUUCAUUAAAUGAUUUUUCUCUUUUUUUUUUAGGGGUUAGUCUAUUGGUCUAUAUAUUUAUUCUAGUCCUGACGGCCUGUUAUUCUAUGAAUAACAAACUGCAAAAUCUAAUGAUUUUUCAGGGUUCUCUGUACAGUAGUAAAUAUCCGCUUUGACAUUUUUCCAAAUAUUUUUCGAACAAAUGGUUCAUAAGUUUGGUAUGUUUUAAUUUCUUUCUUUCUUCUUCAUUUACUAAAUUUUCCCUAUGUUUUUGAAAACUUCUAUGUUUAACUGUGUAUUACAGUGCUACUAGCCUCUGCUAAUUGAUGAAUAAUAAACUGAUUUGACUUUUAAAAUCCUGUGUAGAAAAUUAAAAAUUGUAUAGUCUUAAAUUGUGAAUUAUUAAUAAAUGCAAUAUAUGAAAUUAAAAACUAGUUGAUACACUUAUGAAAAUAUUUUUUUUUAAAUUGUGAGUCAUAACUUAGUUUGUCAGAAAAGUGUUAUUUUAACUCUUUUUGGAGUGUUGCAUAAAUCCUGUAGCUCCGGUAGCUUUUAUUAAUUUACUUGUUUUUUAGUAGACUCGUUUCAUACAGUAAAAGGUAUUUCAGUUCGGUAAACUCAUUUGGAAGUUCUCUUCUUUUUGUAAUUCCCCAAUCAAAAUCAAACCAUGGUUUUUCAACUAUAUUUUCUAAGUUUGAUACUAUUUAAAUUUGUUGCACACAAUUAAUCCUACGUUUUAUGAACAAAACCGUGUGUUUUCAAUUAUCAUGUAAAGUGAUGUGACUUUGAACUACUUUGUUAAUCAACGCUAGAUUUAAUUUCAACGUUGUCUAAUCAAUUGUGAAUAUAUGCAGUGAGGUGACUUUUGAGCUAUUUCUUUUUAUAAUAAAAUAAGGUGGAUCUUUGAAAUCGGGGGUGUUUUGAAACUAGUUUAUACCUUUUUUGGAUGUCAAUGUGAGAACAAUCUUUUCUGCGUUGAUUCACCUUGAAAAUCGUUUAAACAAAUGCGAUACUCAUAGUAUUUAGUUUAGUAAUAAAUGUAAUUUUUCGUAAAAAAUUAAAAAAAAAAUGAUAUAUAAGAGUGUACAUUUAUAUUAAUUUUCCGCGGGCACAUAUUUAAGAUUCAUAGAUGUUUUCUUUGUAAAUUGUUACUUUAGUUUAGUUUAUCUUCCUAAUAUUAGAUAAAUUGAUUAUAACAAAAUAUAUAAUUACCUCAGUUGCGUAUUCAAAUAAUUAAAAAUCAAAUUUAAAAAAAUUAACCAAAAAUCUUUGGUCACGGACCGUCUCGUUUUACAACAUUUGUUAACUCAUUAUAGCGACUCGAGAAAAUUACAAGACUAUCGUUUUCACUGUUUAUGGGAGUAGUAAUUCCAAUAUAAACCUACAAAUUUGGUCAAUAAUCUUUUAUUUUGAAACCAAUUAUUUUAGUUGAAUUUAAAACUUGAUAAAGUAGAGUCGAAACUAAAAACUACUUCCUGGUAUCAAACAUAAUAUUUCUGGAAAUGUGAGUGCUGCAUGUUGUUAACUGAUGUUGUAAAAUAUCUAUCUAGAAGACAUUAAGAGAUGAUAGAUAGGUGACAUAUUAUAUUGUAUUAAUUUUAAUUGAUCUCUUUAUAAAAUUAUUUUAUUAUAUGAAAUGUUCGGUUUUACCACAAAUUUGAAUUAAAUAACCAAACGUCAUAAUGAUUUGGAUUUUUUUCAUAUUUGUUAUAAGUCCAUUUAUGUGAGUUUCUAGUGUUUUUAGAAGGUUUAGAAGAUGCAAAUAAAUUUGCAUUAAAAGACGUGACAAUUAAAAAUGGGAUUUGUGAGGAAUAAAAUCAAUCAACGAACGGAAAUUUUUUGUUUAGUUAAAAUUAUAGUGUUAUAUUACUUUACUAAUGAAAUAUUUUGAAUUUGAAAGUAUUUUCAGUUGUUUAAAAAUCCUGUUAUACUAGAAAAUAGAAUUUACGAUGAAAAAUAUUCUGAAUUACUACAAAAUCUCUUAACAAAUACAAUAUCUGAUACUUCUAACUUUCUAGGUCGCUGGUUCAUAUUCACUUCGAACAACUAUACAGUGAUGGUAAAUAACAUGUUCGGUAUAGAAAAACGAAAAUUUUAUCUGUUAAGUGAAUGUAUGAACAAAGUGUGUCUAAAAAAUUUGGUAAAUAAUGUUGGAAAAGAAAAAAACAGAAGGUAUAGAUAAAUCACCCUUAUUGGCCUCCAUAGUAACCACCAUUGUACACAACAUACUCUGGACGGACUACGUUCAUAAAGCUUCUGAAACCUGAAUAGCCAAACAGAUGUCCAUGUAUAAUUGACACGACUUCUAGGAUCUCUAUGCGGGGAAACAAGCCAAGAGAAUAUAGUGAAUAAUCCAGAUCAAUUAACCAAGUAUCAGCACAUGUGGAUUGCAGAACUGCAGAAAGCCUGAAAGAUUUCAUCGUUAUCAUAGUCAAUUUUCGUGAACGCUAUUCUAUCAAUUGCCACUUGGAAUCUCCAGAUCGAACUGGUAGCACCAGGUUCCAUUCUAUGUUACUCUAGUUCGCAUAGUGAGAUGGUUUCCGAUCAUACAUGGUAAUGAAAUCUUACCGGUUUUUAUCAGUUUUAAUUUCUUAUCACCCGAUAACAUGUGUGGCACAAAUCUGGAACAGAUCUUCCAUGGUGAUGGUGUGAUUCGUCUUCUUUCUAAUACUCAAUUCCUCCGCCACCAACUGUACAGUUAGUCGAUAACCAACAGUGGCUCAUCUUAGUCAUUUCCUUGUUUGUUGCUAAAACUUUUGAAUCAGUUGUAAAUACAUUUUUUGGUACUGGUACAAUUUGACCAACAUUUCAUGUAACAAAACUUGAUAUAGCUGCGAGGUUUCCUGUUAGGUAGCGCUUCUUCUCUGGAUUGUCUCAUGCAAAAGCGUGAGCUUAGAAUAUAUUCACAGAACAUUGUCGCUAUCGAACAAAAAACUAAAAAGAUGUAAAUAUAACUAAAGUUUGUGAAAACAAUUGAAACUACUUUCAAAAUAAAAGAUAUGUACAAAUUAUUUUUUCUAUUGUCACACUGGGUGCCUCAAGUACAACCUGAAUGUGGAUUUGAACCACAAAAUACCAAUGAGAUAAAUGUCAUAAUUGCAGUUUGGACGAUCAACAAUAUAUUUCCCAAUGUUCAUGUUCAAAAAUAUUGAAUUAACCCAACUGAUUUGUAUUUGUUGUAGAUUUUACCUAGUUGGGAAUAUAAAAAAAAAGUUCAAAAAUUUUUAAAUCCGUAUUUGUUUUAAGUGAUUUCCUUUGAUUGCAAUUUUAGCUUCUAUUAUUAUAAAUGAAUAUUUCAACUGGAAGCUUACAAAAUUUUAAAAAACGGCCUUUUUUCUGUGUAUAAGUUUUCCAAUAAUUCUUGACGAAAUAGUACCAAAAUGUUUUCGGUUGGAUUCCAUGGACAAAUUUGGAAAAGAUACGAGUGUCAUCUGUAAUAUCUCUUGCCUAACCAAAAAGAACGAUUUCGUUUAACUACUGAAUAUUUCUAUGAAAAACAUUAUUAUAACUUUAGAAAUUUAGAUAGAAGGAAGUGUGUCGUUGAAUGUAAUUGAAAUGAUUAUAAUUAAGUGGGGUUAAUAUUAAGCAUGAAUUAAAUUGUUUAUUGAUAACAAUUUUCAAGUAUUUGGUCUUUUCAAUGAUUUCUCAAGAUCACUCUAUUAGUGAUAACUGCCCGACAUAAACUUAAAUAUGUCAGGUUGAAUGUAUACUGAGCUGUAAUUUACCAAUAUUUCAAUCACCUAGUGCAGUUGUUCAAAAGACCCUUAUUAAUAUUAAAACCACUUGAACUUUUAAAAAUUAAUACAAAAAGUAAUUGUACAAAAUAAACCAACCCAAUGAAUAAGAAAUUAUUUCUUGGGUUUUUUUUUAUCGGAAUAAUAUUAAAUUGUGUACACUUUUAAUAAAUUUAUGCCAAGUGCAAGUAUAUGAAGUGAUUAAUAGAUAAAAGUAGGAUUACAUUCAAUAUUCUGUCGGAUUUUUGUAAUUUUAAUUGUAUGAACGAAUUUGUUCGGCUCUUGUUUGAAUGGAUCCACUUUUAUACAUAUCUUUAAAAAAUAAUAGCAAUAAGAUUUAUUUCUUUAUUAUAUUUCUGACCUCGGACAAUCCCAUGAACGAAUUUUUUAUAUAAGCCAGUAAUUUUAUUUGCCUUGGUGCUUAAUUAUUACAGAUAUAUCAUAUUAGGACAUUUUUAGUAAAUAUCUAUAAGAUUUAGACAUAAUUAUCCCUGAAAAGCAGCUUAAAAACGGGAUGUAGAUAGCGACAUAGCAUUACGAAACAUUUAAGAAUUUAUUAAUUUCAAAUCAAAUGUAUGCUGUGAAGUGACAUUUGAACUACUUUUAUUAAUCAAAAAUAUACUAAAUUUUUGUGGUUUUUUCAAUUUUUCAACUAAUUUCAAUUUAAAAUUUGUAUGAGAUAAUUUCUUUAACUUCAAAAGUGCAGGGAGUAACCACGGUCUAAUAAGCUUUCUGCAAUGUGCUCUUCUUCUUUAACUGUUUUUCUUCCCUUUUUUUUAUAUUCCUGGAUUUUAGUAUGUAGCAUAGUCUCGCUAGUCUAGGUAUCAACCCGAGGAUUUUUAACAAUAUUUUCACAUAAUUGAUACUCUUUAAAUUGUUUCAUACAUUAAGUCCUUGUAUGUCCCAUGAACAAAAAGGUUUGAUCAUAAUGGUCUUAUCAACUUUCAAAGUGAUGUUGCAUUUGAACUACUUUGAUUAAUCAACAACAGAUUAAAUAAAACUAGAUUGUGUAAAAUUGGAAUAAUUUGAACGCUUUGUAACACUAACAAUCUCGUUCUAUUUGCUUUAUAAAAUUAAAUAAAAAUUCAAAUAGUGAAAAGAAAAACAGAAUAUGUUGUAUCUAGCAAAACUUUUUUGCCUUUUUAGAUUCUAUAAUGAAUUCUGAAGCCGUGCUAGCUUUGACUAAUUAAAUUAUCAUAGUUACAAUUUGUUUCCAAAAUGUUCUAAAUUGUUCUAUAGAUAUUGUGUAUUCAAAACUAUUUGAUAAAUAUUUUCACAAAAUAUGAAUUACGCCUUUAAAUAAUAAUGAAAACAAAAUGUUAAUUUAUUUAAAGCAUAUUUUAACCUUAUGAAAAUCAUUAUUGUAACCAAUAAAAAAGGUACUUUGAAUAAUUUAGUGGGGUUGUUUAUCGAGGACAGAUCCGUAUUAGAAUUUAUUAUUAAUACUUUUUCUUUGUUGUGUUUUUUUUAUUUAAUUUUAUUUUUGUGCUUUUUUUCCCAUGAAAAAAUAUGUAAAAAAAAUACUGUAAUAUAUCUUGAUUAGUGUUUAGAAAAGUGGUUUACAUUACCAAAAUGAAAAUGUUUCUCCAAUUCAUCGUGUAAGUUAAUAUCAACUUCGUGAUUGGUUAUCAAAUAUGAAUAUUCGAUAUCGCCGAACGUCAAACAAUCGUAGAACACAUUUUAAUUGUUAGAUAUUCAUUGUAUUUUGAUAUUAAUGAUAAGCAUGCUUCUUUUCAUAAUCAGUCCAUUUUUAAGUAUUGAAACUGUAAAUCAUGAAACUGGCUUAAUAUCGACUAUUUGUAUUUUUUACAGUGGUUACGAAAUAAUUUAAAACAAUUUAUACCAUUUUUUUAUAACUUAAAAUAAUUUCUUUAUUACCACAAUUUUGAUUUAUGUAAUGAUGAAAUGUAAAAUAAUCGUAUGGCUGUUAUCUAUUUUUUCAUUAUUUUGAAUUAAAGUCAUAAAUAGUGAUGUUAGAAUAAAUAUUUAAGAACUAAAAA